AUGGCGCGGUUCGUGUAUUUCCCACGCGCGUCGAACGUUGUUGACACCCCAACUGGCCCAUGCCAAGCAAGGAUCAAAAACGUUCACCAGUCGCUGCCGAUCAUCGCAAGCUUAUUUUCAUACUCCUCUGGACGGUUCUUAUACAACGAAGCAGUUCGUCUUCAAGAACGACAUGUCCUAUUCAAUGUUGCAGCUCUUAAACAUGCAGUCGCAAGCCAUUUUAGCCAUGGAAAGGUAGCCCAGAUUUCUAAGAUGAGCGAGGGUGGCUUCAAUCGAACAUACACCACUGCUAGUGAAGUUGCUACUCUCACAUUUCUCCGUUCAAAGGAUAUCCCGGUGCCUAAAGUCUACGGUUGGUCUUUGACACCGGACAAUCCAGUCGGCAUUGAAUAUAUUGUCAUGGAAUGUGCAUCAGGCAUUGCAGCAGCUGAGAGUAACUUGUUUGAUAUAUCAGCGACUAAUUGCCAGGCUUUUGUUGAGGAUAUUGUGGCUAUCGAUAAGAAGAUAUCCGAUAUUCCUUUUGCUUCUUUGGGCAGCCUGUACUUCAAAAACAAAACCAACGACUCUGAUAUUUAUUGUAUUGGCUCAAUCGCGGUGUAUAGGUUUUGGCAUGGGCAGCGAGCGGGAGUGAUCCGACAAAAUACCUGCUUGCUAUCGCGCAGAAGGGACUCCAAUAGACCGAGAAAUUCCGAGAAAUUUGGAAAGCCCGUCGAAUGGUUCCCUUAUAAUCUCAUGUUUCCAGGUGCUGCCUCGUAUCAUGAUUAUCUGGCGCUUCUCCGAAAAUACCUCGCAGUGGCUCCUUACCUUCUGCCCAAAGACUUUGGGAAUGUGUCAAAUCGACCAGCAAUACGCCACCCUGACACAUUUAAGAUAACAUCCAUCAUCGACUGGCAGUAUGCGGUUAUCCUACCAUUAUCUCUAAUUGCUGGACAUCCCAAAAUGUUCCAACACUCUCCACCAGCCAGUCUGGAGAACCUGGAACCAGGAACUGAACCACCCGAAUAUGCCCAGAUGAACACCCAGGAACAAGCUGAGAUCGACUACCACCUUCGAAUAAGCAACAUAUCGUAUCGAUACCGCGUGUCCAAUAGCGCAGUCAACAAAUUGCACCUAGGAGCUCUACGCGACUCGCUGGUCUUCUUACGCCAGCGGCGUGUGGAAUAUUCCGGGCGUCAAUGGUUAGGAGACCCCACAACGCUGCGUGGUGCACUGAUGUAUCUAAAUGAUAUUUGGGAUGAAGUUCCUGGCAAAGACGCGUCUCCAGAAUCUCCUAUUCGAUUCUCAGAGGAGGAAGUUCAAGAUUAUGAGAAAACCAAAGAGUGUUGGGCAACCUCAGGCGCAAUCCGUGAUGAGUUCCAGAUUUCAGAAGACGGCUGGGUGCAUAAAGACUUGUAUGAUCAUGCCGUUGAGAGAAAUAAGCCUGUGGGGUUGGAAUUUAUGGAAGGUUGUACGGAAGAAGAUCUCAAAAAAUUUAAACAAGGGUGGCCGUUCCAUGAUCACGAGGAAGGCUGA